AUGUCUUACCUCGAUCCAUCCGUUCUGGGUCCGUCUGCGCUGCAUGACGGGGCCGGUUGUGUCGCGGAUAGAAAUAGCCGAACCAAACGGUUGCGGAAGUCGCAAAGCCAUGGAUUGCUGUCGCCGUUGUUACGUUUGGCCAAAGAUCCGGUCGGCACCUUGGGCGAGCUGCGGGAAUCGUGGACGGAGCAGGGGAAAAGUGAGAUUCAAGAUAUCGGGGAGCAGAGGCAAGUGUUGUAUCUGCGUAUGAAACAUGCCGGAACAUACGACGACUGGAAAGCGGCGGCGACCGAACUCGACCAUAUCGAAGGCAACGAUCAGUGGAAAGUACAGGACGACUCCCUCGAAUACAAUGUCAAACUCUUGGAAACGCGGCUGAAGGAGCUGGAUGAUGCGCGGCUCAACUGCGAUAUCAAGCGCAUGCUGUUCCUGAUCCGAACCUCGCUGACUCGAGAUCUGGGCGGUAUGGGAGAUGCCCAACUAUAUCGACAUUCACAUAUCGGAACCAAGGCGCUCAUCGAGCGAUAUAUCGAGUCCUCCAGGCGGACGAUCGAGUCGCUCUUGGAGGUCUCUGCCAAACAAAAGACCGUCCAAGUUGAUCCUCGGCAACUUCUCGAGCAAUUGCUCGAGGCGCGCCAGGCAUUUGGGAGAAGCGCUUUAUUGUUGUCGGGAGGAGGGACUUUUGGGAUGAGCCAUAUCGGCGUCGUCAAAUGUCUAUGGGAGCAGAAGCUCCUUCCACGGAUCGUUUCCGGCUCCUCAGCUGGAAGCAUCGUAUGUGCCGUGCUGUGUACGAAGACCGAUGCCGAAGUGCCCCAGGUCUUGAACGAUUUCUGUUACGGCGAUUUGAGCGUGUUCAUCAACGAGGAGGAAGGUCUCCUGGAGGUGGCAGCGAGGUUUCUCAAACACGGGACCGUGUUUGAUAUCUCGAACCUUACCCGCGCCAUGCGGAAUCUCAUUGGCGAUAUAACCUUCCAGGAGGCGUAUAACCGGACCAGGAGGAUAUUGAACAUCAACGUAUCCAGUGCCAGCCUGUACGAACUUCCGCAGCUUCUAAACUACGUCACGGCUCCGAACGUUAUUAUCUGGUCGGCAGUCGCCGCAUCUUGUUCCGUCCCACUCGUCUUCUCGGCAGCCUCUCUCCUAGCGAAGGACCCAAAGACCGGAGAGCAUGUCCAAUGGAACCCAUCCCCGCAAAGAUGGAUUGAUGGAUCCGUAGACAGUGAUCUUCCCAUGACCCGUGUUGCCGAAAUGUUCAAUGUCAACCAUUUCAUCGUCUCUCAAGUCAAUCCGCAUGUUGUCCCUUUCCUCGACCGUGAGGCUAUCGCGCCUUAUCCACUCAACGGCAAAAAUCCCUCCACCGGCUCUACAUGGCUGCACAGCGUGGCAAACCUCGCAAAAGAUGAAGCCAUGCAUCGCAUGCACGUUCUCGCAGAAAUUGGCGUCUUCCCAACCUACCUCACCAAACUCCGAUCCGUCCUUGCGCAGCGCUAUUCGGGCGACAUCACCAUCCUCCCCGAGAUUUCAUACGCACAGUUCCCCCGAGUGCUGCAGAACCCCACCACCGAAUUUAUGCUCGAUGCAACUAUUAGCGGUGAGCGGGCCACCUGGCCCAAACUCAGCAUGAUCCAAAACCAUGUCGCGAUUGAGAUCGCCCUGGACGAUGCAGUGCAGCAGCUUCGGGCCCGCGUCGUCUUCAGCCCGAGCCAGGUCGACCUCCGGAUC